AGAAAAAGUUUAAUAGGUUAUCUAUCUGGUUAUUUAAACUUAAAUGUUUGGUAUUAUAUCAGUUUGUAACGAACAUGGACAAAUCGCUGGUAAUAACAGGUGAAGCAUCUGAAACAGAAAGUGAGGAAGAGGCAGAGGAGAUCGAGAUUGACCUAGCGCACUCUAUUCAAGGAGCGGUAAUUUCUGGAGAGGAUUCAGAGUCAGAAAACGAAACUAAUGCAAGUGUUGACAGUGCAAUAUCUGCCUUGGAUCAAUUUCAGUGCCAAGAAGAAAAGUUUGAGAAAGAUUCCUUGCUACAUCAAAAGUUAAGAGAAACUAACAAUCAGCUUUAUAACAACAUUGAAAAUUUCACACAAAAUUUGGUGACCGAUACUCAUAAGAGUCUUGGUGCAAUUGAUCAACAGUUAAUGAAAUCCCAAGUAGUUCUGCAAGGUGCAGUUUCUUCUUUAAAAACCCUGAGCAUCAAUUCGCUUGCCAUAAAAAAUAAAUUACACUCUGUUUUGUCUUCAAACUUUUUGCCAAAUGUUCAAGUAGGUAAGUCAUGCUAGACUAGAUUGAUGUGUGUCCCAGAUAUAGUUCAACAGCAAGGAAGUUUUGAAAAUUGUAGUUUUGGUUGUAGCAGGGCCAGUUAGAGAACUUCAUAAUAUGCCAUUUAAAAGCAAACAUUUUAAAAUCUUAUCAACUUAGACAAUAAGUUUUGAUAUACUCAGAAAGAUAUAAAAACAAUUAUCUGCAUAAUUUGUUUCUCUUUAUUAUUAACUUGUUAUUUAUGUUUAAUGUAGGAUAC